AUGGAUCCAUAUAAGGAUUAUUAUAUGGAUCCAGAAUUCGAUCCUCGAAAAGCUAACAUGUCUCGGUUAAGAGAAAUACUCCUUGAGAAUAGUGUCGGAUAUACUGGGGCCGAACGUAAAGCGGAUCUGGUAGAAAAAUUCGAGCUGGAGAUUCGUCCAAAAAUUCCUGCUCUCCAAAAAAGGGACAGGGAUUUAGAAAUAUAUAAGCAGAAGACUGUCGCGCAGCUUGAAAGGACUGCUGAAAAGAAGAAACUACAAUUCGGGGAAUUGCCGAAGUUAUCAUCAACAAAAUCCGGUCAAAUAGCUCGUGGUCGCCGUAAAGGCAAAGAGAAAGAAAAGACUACGGAUUAUGUGACGACAACACCUGUUCAAGUUCCCCCCAAUCACUCAGCAGUAGAGACACCUAUUUCAAGUGAGCUAAAUGAACUCCAUUGGCAUCUUAAUAAAAAAGAAAUCCCAGAGUCACCGCUCGCCAAAUUUAGUUCAAGUAAUCACAUACCUCUUAAUCGUAAAUAUAAUGAUCUUAUCGAGGAGGAUAUAACAGAGUCAUCAACAACAAAUUUGUAUCCGAAAAUUGAAGAUAAUGUACAUGUACCAAAAUAUGAACCCAACGUUAAAGAUCCCAGCGUUAAAGAACUCAACGUUAAAGAGCCCAGCGUUAAAGGACUCAACGUUAAAGAUACUACCAGUUCUAUUCGGCGUGACGCUUUUGCCUACGCGUAUCGAAAUCCCAAACAUACUCCACGUUACAUGAUUAGCCGCCUCGAAAUACCUGAGUCUGCUUCACAACUCAAAACUCCAUCACGGUCCUAUAAAUGCUGGUUUUUCUUAAUUUUGCUUUUUUUGUCACCUUUCUUACCCUGGUUCAUUAAUUUCUUCGUACCCAUGACAACUGAAGAUGUUAGAUUCUGUGAUACUUCAUUUAAUAACAUUAAAUAUGUUUCUAGUGAUGGGAGCGUUGUUGAUUAUAAUUGUGUUUCUUGUCCAUCUAAUGGUCGAUGUGUUGAUGGAAAACUUGUCGCUUGCGAUGAAGGAUAUAAAAUCAAUUCAACACCCGCUAGCUUGUUUCAACCAUAUAAAGCCGAAUGUGUACUUGAUAUGAAGCACUUACAUAGAGUUGAAAAAUAUGCUAAUUUACUUAAAGAGAUCGCUUCCAAGGAAACUGGAAGCAUGAAUUGUGGUAGUGGUGGAUAUGAUCUUUUGUUAUUUGACAACCUUAAACAGAAAUUGCGAAAUAAGAAAUUACCUUCGCAAGAUACUCCUAUCGAUUUCGAUAGAUAUUCCGGACUUGCGCUAGAUGAAUUAAAACAUGAUGAUGAUAUAAAAAUUCAGAAGGAAAGAACUUUCGAUAAUAAAGAAACCAUUUAUGUGAUUUCUAAAAUACCACAAUAUGGAUUAUUCUGUCGCAUAAAACUUAAUAAUUUGAUCGCUAUUAUUCUCGUUAUAUUUGUAAUCAUCAUAUAUAUUAAUCGUAAAAGAUGGGAAUCCUAUCAUGUUGAGAAAGCUACUAAAAUGGUUCUCAAUAUGAUGAAGCAAAAUCGUGAUAUUAUUUCUGAACAAUGGAGAGAAUCUGUUAUGAAUGAAGUAGAAGAUGAUAUGACCAGAAUCAUGUUAUGGAAACGAGUUGAAGAUCGUCUUCAGGAGAAUCCAUUAGUUAGAACACGAAGAUUAGUUGAUUAUAAAGGUCUUAGUUCAUUGCAUUUCGAUUGGGAUCAAGUUCGAAGUGUUCCUUACUUUGCUUGUCGAAAUCCUCAAUUUUAG